AUGGCACGCGGCGGCAGUUCUCGCAAAACCCUUCGGGACCCCGAAGAUAAAAGGGAAAGAACGCCAAACUUCACUGAAAGCGAAAAGGACUUGCUCGUGGCGAUAGUAUAUGAGUUUAGGGUGGUCCUUGAGAGCAAAAAGACUGAUGCCUUGACUACUAAAGAGAAAAAUGAGACAUGGGAGUUGGCUGCCCAAGCUUUUAACAGUAGGUCAGGCUUUGUAACCCGUUCUGCAAAAAAUCUUAAAAAUCUGUGGGGCAACCUGAAGGGUCUUGCGAAGGCUGCCGCUAGCCAGCAGAAGUCAGAAACAUUCAAGACUGGUGGAGGCUCUAGUAAAGCUAGAGAUUUGUCGCCUCGGGAGCUGCAAAUUUUGGAGAUCACCAGAGAGUCGGGCACUGGCCUGGAGAGUGCCUUUGAUGGGGACAGGAGCAGCAGCAGUGCAGUACAGCAGCAGGUGCAGGAAGAAGAGGACUGUGGUGCUGGUGCACCUGCUGCAGUGUGUACUGCUGACUCCGAUGAUAUGAUCGUUUUGGAGUUCCCCGACGGUGAAAUUCCAAAUAUGAAUUUUCAAAACAUACAGGUGCCUCACUCAACACCAAAGAUGUUGAGCCCUCACAAUUGGGGGUCUCAUGCACCGAGGCACCUGUUGCUUAGUAAAGCGAGCGCCUUGCAAAUCUCUUCGCCUUCCACCAGCAGUCAGGAGGUGCCUGUGACAUCCCAGGACGUUGCUGCUGGAACCUCACAGGCCUCUCCUGUCAGCACACUGGCGAAGAGGAAGUCUGACAUGGAGGCAGAGUUGGAGCGGAGCCAGAAGAACAAGAGGCGCCGCCCAACUCUGGCACAAGAGGACAGCUCCAGGGGCCAGCUGACAGUGGCAAGGCUCAAAGCUGCCCUUGCCCUGCAAGAGUCCCUGGAGACAGAGAAGAGGCUUCUCGAGGAGGAGGAGAGGAGGAAGAAGGAGGAGGACCUGAGGAAUGCCAGGGAGGAAGAGAGGAGGGAGGCCCUCUUCAAUUUAGAAAAGCAAAAGCGAGAGCUGGAGCUUUUAAAAUUGAAGAGGGACCUCGGUCUAGACUAA